UUUUAAUAGUCACACCCCAUACAAAUCUUGAAUGCUAAUUUUGAAUAUAUUGAUGCAAGAAAGUAUGUUGGCAUUAUUUUGAAUUGUGUUUUAGUUUUUCCCUACAAUUGUAAAUAAAACAGAAAAGGACUGAUAAGCUGACAACAAUAAGAUUCAAACACCACCGUUUUCGCUCUGUAAUCUUUGGCGGUCGUUCCACUUCUUUGGAAGUGUAUCAUAAUCUCAUUUCACCGGAAUUCCUUUAUCUCCCCCGAUUUCCGAUCUUCCUCUAAAUGGGCUCUUGAUCAGGGGCCUCUUUGAGUUUUGUGCUAAUUGGAUCAUAUGAGGUGGUUACUCGGUUCAUUGGGCGAUUCACAUGUACAAUUGCUGGUGGAUUUUAGCGAAUUGAAUUGUUUUACGCAUAAGCCUGUCAAUUUAUCACAUUGGAAUUCCAGUAAUAUAGCAGAGGGAGGCUACUAUGGCUGAGGGAGUCGAGCAGCUUAAACUUAAGUUCAGAAUCUUUGAUGGGACAGAUAUAGGUCAUGGUUCCUAUUCGCCAUCAGUCACUGUUGCAACUCUUAAGCAAAGACUUCUUUCCGAGUGGCCUCAAGAUAAAUCAGUAGUCCCAAAGUCGGUAAAUGAUAUGAAAGUAAUCCAUGGGGGAAAAGUUUUGGAGAAUGACAAAACACUUGCCGAAGCUAGCGUGCACACCAGUGACCUUCCUGAUGGAGCUAUUACAAUGCAUGUUGUUGUACAGCCAGUUGUUAAGAAAAAGACAGGUAAGAAUCUAUCCAGGAAUCAAAUACAGUGCUCGUGUUCCUGCACUAUCCUUUAAUAGUGCACGGGAGCAUCAACGAUGGAAAGGUCGUUCAGAAACGAAACAAAUUGGCUUAUAGAAACGAAACAAAUUGGCUUCUAUAAGUUGGAACUUUGCCUUCAUACAUGUACUCAAUCUUUGUGAUGUUUGGGGCUGGCUUACAAUGAGGAUCAAGAUUUCUCCCCGCUCUUGUUUACUUAUUCAUUUAUUUGUCUAUUUAUGGAUGUAAUUAUCUUUAAAUAAAUUAAUACCUUUACUUGUAUUAGAA